CCUGCUGUUCUGAACCCGCCCAGUUUGUCGAUUCAGAUAAGAUAUAGGAGAAGUGUGUUGCUAGUUGUCCAUGGCGUCGUCCGAGCUGCGGCGGUACUGCGACACCGAGCUGAGCCUCGGCCGCCGUCCCGCGCCGCCGGCGUGCGCCAAGGAAGAGAAGGCGCCCGCCGCCACGGCUUGCGGCGGCGGGCUCGCGUCCACGGAGCUCCAGGCGAUGGCGAUCCUGCGCAUGGCGAGGAGAGCGGCGGCGGAGGCGUUGGAGGAGGGGCCAGCGUGGAGGGCGGCGGGUGACGGCGCGGACGUGCGGCGCCUGUCGGUGAGGAGGUCGCUGGAGUUGUUCCUGCGGCGGCGGGAACCGAGGUGCCAGCAGCUCGGUGCCGCCGCCUCGCCAUCCUCCUCCUCCUGCUUGACUGACAGCCCAAUCUAGGUGCUGCCGCUUCCGUUUCAUCUGUGGUCCCGUGCAUGUACAGAUGUACCAAGUGUGUAGUCGGCGCAUUUGAUGGCGCGCGCGGGAGAAUGUAUUGGUUAGCUGUGUCGUCGUCUUUA